UUCGGUUAUUUAAAGCCAUUGACAGUAUAACGUGUUACAUUAAUUUUAAGCCCAGCCGUUAAAAUCCCCCCAUUGAACCAAUGGAGUGGAAGAGCAGCCGUAGCACCGUAACCACGGAAACAAACAAAACGUAAAGAACACAAACGCGGAUGACGCUGUUAACGUUAGCUAGCUGCAUCCUUAUAGUCUGUGUAAAACGGUUAAAAAUAACCCCUUAACGUUACCUCUCACACUGACUGUUUAUUAAAGAAAUGGCUGAUGAUCACGCAAUGACAAAAACACGACCAAAUUCCCCCGAGUCUCCUGCUGACAUGGGAAGCACCAACGGGGGCGUGAAUGCAUCUCCUCUCUGUGACUCAGAUGUGUUGAGCCCCUCACAAACAGGAUAUGCAAAGAAGGAAUUUAUUAUGAUGCCACCUGAAGAAAAGCUCAAACACUUCGCCAGCCGAGCUCAGGCCCAGGAAGACAACCAGGAGUUUGAUGCUUGCAUCCAGGACCUUGUGCGCUGCGUGGCUCUGACGAGGCUGGUAUAUGGCGACGGACAUCUGAAACUAGCCCAGGCCCAUGUCAGACUGGCUACAGCAUAUUUCCAGUUCAAAGGCUGGGGACUGCAGGCCCAGGAGCACUUGACCCUGGCCAGAGAGCUGCUGCCUUACUGCUCCUCCAUCUCCUCCUGCAGGGAAGAAAAGCUGGAGGUUCUCACGUGUCUUCUGAGCGUACAUCUCACACAGGGAGGUGCCUCGCUGCUUAUGGCCAAUCUUGAAGAUGCAGAAAACUUUUUUCUGGAGACAGAAAAAGUUCUUGAGGACCUUCAUCAACGUGGUGGCAUCAGCCAGCAAGAGAAGAUGAAGACUGAGCUUGAAAUCUCCACUGGUCUUUCCAGGGUCUAUAAGAGACAGAACAGACCAGAGGAAGCCUUAAGUCAGUGUCAGAAGUCUCUGCAAUUGCUGAAGGACUGUGGUCAGCCAGAGAAGACUUGCUCUGUCUACAGGGACAUGGCUGCCAUUGAACAUGACAAAGGUCAUUUGGACCGAGCCAUAGAGCAUCUCUCCAAGGCUCAUGCCAUUGCUAUGAGUCACAGCCCAGAAGAGCUGGAGGGGGCUCGGCUCUCCCACAGCCUGGCCCUCAUCCUUUCUGCUGCAGCAGAGCCCCAUCACAAUGACUCUGCAGGUCACUACUUCGAGCAGAGUCUAAGUGCAUACAGAAAUUCUGCAGGUCCACAGGAUCCAGCCUUUCUUGCUGCCCAGGAUGAUUUCUGUCGCUUCCUCCUCUGCAAUGGCAAGCAAGAGAGAUGUGUGGAGAUUCAGAAGGCUUCUCUCGCUACAAAGAGAUCUACAUUUGGUGACCUGAGUGCUGAGGUAGCAGACACCCUUCAGCUAAUAGGAAGUGUGGAGAUGACAGAGGGCAGGAUGAAGCAGGCCCACAGGACCAUGACAAAGUGCCUGGAGAUCCAGAGUUUGUUGUACGGUCCUCAGCACAAGAAGACAAAAAGUACACAGAAAGCUGUGGACAUGCUGGCCCGGGCGCCAGAGGUGGCUGAGAGACAACAGAGGCAAGGUAGAAGGAAAACAAAAUGUUUAGCUGUACCAUCCAGUGGCAAUGAUGGAAACUCUGCGUCUGACUCUUGAAAUUGUCUAUUUAUUUUAAAGAAAUGUAUGUAUUUUGUUAGAUAAUACAGGCAGCUAGCACUCCUGGAAAUUAGCUCUAGUCAUGUCCACUGGUAGUACAUGAUUUUGUAUCAUGCUGUGCAUUAGGUGAAAUAAGUUAGCCUGAAAGAAAUGCUCACACUCAGAAAACAUACCCACAAUAGGUUUUAAUAGUGUUCCAAUGUGAAUCAUUUUCCAAAUAAGGACAGGAACCUUUUUCCCCAAAGCAAUAAUAAUGCCUUUUGUUAAUUAGAAAUCAUUAUGUCAAUAAAAGCAAUUAUUUCUGGCUAUCCAAGGUGACAAACACAUUCUUUGAGCAUCAACAGGUUUUCUGUGUACUGAUUUACAUGUUUUUUAUGCUAUGAAAUGGCACAUUACAUCCAGAUUAUACGGUGUACAUACAUAUACAGGAGCUUAACAAAGAUUACUUAUCCAAAACCAACAUUUAAGUGCACUGAUGUAAUAGUGUUUUGGUUUAAAUUACUACAAUUUGCCAAUGAGAUCACUUCUGUAAAUAUGCUGUAUCUGGGCACUUAAAUGCAACAUGUUUUAAGUUAAAUUGAGAUUAAAUUUUUUAGAUUUCUAGCAAUGGACAGAAAAACAUGGCAUUUACACUAAACAUCUCACAUUUUUAACAUGAUAAAAGAUGUUCUGUGAAGACAUUGAUCAAUAAUUGCUAAUUAAGUCUACAUUUUGCAGCCGCUUAGAGAAAAUGUGCAAAACAUGUAACCACACUGUAAGUAUAGUGGACCACUUCUGUGUCUGCAACUAGUACACAACACAACAAACCCUAAACGCCGUUGACACUAAGCCAAUGAUCCAAAAAUAGUCAUGGCCAUGAAUACACACUUAUGUUAGAGCAAAGGUGAAUCCUUCAAGCCUGUGCACUGUUAUAACAAAUGUAUACAAGCAAAAUGAAUCCACACAAUCACUGAAUCAUUUUAAUUCAUUAAGAUUCUGCUACUUCUUUUCAUUCUCUUUCAUCUUACUAUUUGCUUUGCAAUUUUUUGGAGUUCUAAAUGGUAUGAUUACCCAUUUUGAAUUUCCAGCUCCCUAAUCACUUGAUCAGAUCCAUAUAUAUUGACAGUUAGGGAAAUUAGAAAUAUUAUUAACACAUGUAAAGAUACACAUUUUACAAACAUGUUUCACAUAAGUUACACUGACCAUGUAACUCGGCUUUGGUUAUACAAUGGGCAAUUCUUUUUCAUAAUCAAUCUAAUCAAAAUGUGUAAUGUGACAUUUGUUGUGAGUAAAGUUAAAUAAUCUGCAAAUACACAACUCUGUAAGUUACAUAACAACCACAUUUAAGUGCCACAUUUACUUGCACUACACCAACUUCCGCAUUUAAAACUUGUUAAGACAAAUUUACCUCUUUUUCUCCACUCUCCUAUCCCGUCCUAAGCUACAUGCAUUUAGGGAUAAUUUGUUUUUUUAAGUCUAGUUGUGUGAGUCUGUGUAUUACCCAGAUCUGUCUUUUUCUCCAAACUGGGGGCGUGCAGAGUGCCGUCUACUGUAGGUAAAUACACUUUCUAUGGAUAAGUAUUUCACACAACCCCACUUCAAAAAACCCAAACUAUACCUUUAACUAUAUUCUAUAUAUAACACUUCACUGACUACUCCUUUUAAAAUAAACUAUUGUGUUCCAGGAUGCAGUAUAUACUGAAACCAUUCCAUUUGGCAACAGUGCCCAAG